UGGCGGGAAUUCCCCGUUAGGUGGCGGGAAUGCCCCGUUAGGUGGCUAACCUCCGGACAUUCCAAAAAGAAGAAGACUAGUCCCUUCCGUGUCAACACAGACUAGCACAACCAACAUGGCGACGCUAGAUAGUCUCAAACGUUUGGAGUAUUUAUCUUUGGUAUCCAAAGUGUGCACCGAGUUGGAAAACCACCUUGGAAUAAGCGAAAAGGAUCUUGCGGAAUUCAUUAUCAGCCUCGCAGAAAGUCACCCAACAUUUGGGGAGUUUAAAGCUGCCUUGACACAAAAUGGAGCCAAGUUUACUGAAACACUCACGAAAAACCUAUUUAGAAUUAUCAAAACCAUGCAAGCGAGUCAAGCACAUCAGCAAAAACCCAUGAGUGAGCAAGACAAGCUGAAAGAAAAAUAUCCCGCUUUAUGUAAACCAGAUGAUCCCGUGUGGAGGCUCAGUGAAAAUGAUGAGCAGAUUGCUGCAGCAGCCAUGAAGGAGCUGGAGAUGCUCAUGCCUUCCUCUGCAUCUGGUUUAUGUACCUUUAGAGAGGAGAGCAGCCGGAAACGUCAUUGGUCCGGGUCGAGAGAGUGCGAAGGCGAUACGACCGGCAAGCGGCAACGGAAACGACCGUCCCGCUGGAGCGACCGACCGCCGAGCCCGCCACGAGUCGCCCCAAGUGAGGAGGCGGUCCCGGAACCGAAGCCCGUCGAGCGGCCUCUGUCCGAUGUUCCCGUGGUGGGCGACAUCUACUGUGGCAAAGUGUCCAGUGUGAUGCAGUUUGGAUGCUUUGUGCAGCUGGAAGGACUUCGGAGGCGCUGGGAAGGCCUGGUGCACGUGUCGGAGUUGCGCAAGGAAGGCCGAAUAGCAGACGUGUCGUAUGUGGUCAGCAGGGGACAAAAGGUCAAAGUCAAAGUGCUGUCCAUGACCGGAACAAAGGCCAGCCUCAGCAUGAAGGACGUCGAUCAGGAAACCGGAGAGGACCUGAACCCCAACCGCAAGAGGAACUUUGAAACCGGUACGGGGGACAACGCCCUGAGAAAUCCCGACUUUCCUGUGGAAGUUUGCGUGGUGGAGAGCGAGGAGAACCCAAGUGAGCAAAAGAGGAUGGCCCGGAUCACAGACCUGGAAAAGUGGGAGGUCAAACAGAUGAUUGCCGCCAAUGUUCUCCCGAAGGAGGAGUACCCGGAGUUUGAUGAGGAGACAGGAAUCCUUCCCAACUUCGACGACGAGGAAGAUAUGGACAUUGAGAUCGACCUGGUCGAUGAGGAGCCGCCCUUCCUGCAGGGUCAGACGCGGUGGAGCAACGACAGGAGUCCCGUCAAGAUCGUCAAGAAUCCCGACGGCUCGCUAUCGCAGGCGGCCAUGAUGCAGAGCGCCCUGGCCAAAGAGCGUCGCGAGCUCAAGCAGGCGGCUCGCAACGAAGAGAUGGACCGCAUCCCGACCGGUCUCCACAAGAACUGGAUCGACCCCAUGCCGGACUACGAGGGUCGGCAGAUCGCCGCCAACAUGCGCGGCAUCGGCGCCCUGCCCAUCAACGUUCCAGAGUGGAAGCGGUACGCCUUCGGGGGGAACCAGGUGUCGUACGGCAAGAAGACGGAGCUGUCUAUCCUGCAGCAGCGGGAGAGUCUUCCCAUCUUUAAGCUCAAGGAGCAGCUGGUUCAGGCUGUCCACGACAACCAGAUCCUGAUCGUGGUGGGCGAAACCGGCUCGGGGAAGACCACGCAGAUCACGCAGUACCUGGCGGAUGCGGGAUACACGGCCCGGGGGAAGAUCGGCUGCACGCAGCCCCGCCGCGUGGCCGCCAUGUCGGUCGCCAAGAGGGUCUCCGAGGAGUACGGAUGUCGGCUGGGUCAGGAGGUGGGCUACACAAUUCGUUUCGAGGACUGCACCAGCAUGGAGACCCUGAUCAAGUACAUGACUCACGGAAUGCUGCAGCGGGAAUGUCUGAUCGACCCCGACAUGAGCCAGUAUUCCCUCAUCAUGUUGGAUGAGGCCCACGAGAGGACCAUCCACACCGACGUCCUCUUCGGACUACUCAAGAAGACUCUGCAAAAGCGCAAGGACCUGAAGCUGAUCGUGUCGUCGGCCACGUUGGACGCCGUCAAGUUUUCGCAGUACUUCUUCGAGGCACCCAUCUUCACCAUCCCAGGGAGGACGUUCCCUGUGGAGAUCCUCUACGCCAGGGAGCCCGAGACUGACUAUCUGGAUGCCAGUCUCAUCACAGUCAUGCAGAUCCACCUGACCGAACCUCCCGGUGACGUCCUGGUCUUUCUGACUGGGCAGGAGGAGAUCGACACGGCCUGCGAGAUCCUCUUUGAGCGCAUGAGGAUGCUUGGUCCUGACGUUCCCCAGCUCAUCAUCCUUCCCGUUUACUCAGCACUGCCCAGCGAGAUGCAGACCAGGAUCUUUGACCCGGCACCACUUGGCAGCAGGAAGGUGAUCAUCGCCACAAACAUUGCCGAGACGUCGCUGACCAUCGACGGCAUCUACUACGUGGUGGACCCCGGUUUUGUCAAACAGAUUGUUUACAACUCCAGGUCAGGCAUCGACCAGCUGGUGGUGACUCCCAUUUCGCAGGCACAGGCCAAGCAGCGCUCGGGCCGAGCCGGCAGGACAGGUCCCGGCAAGUGUUACCGCCUGUACACGGAGCGAGCAUACAGGGACGAGAUGAUGACCACCAACGUGCCGGAGAUCCAGAGGACCAAUCUGGCCAGCACAGUGCUCUCGCUCAAGGCCAUGGGCAUCAACGACCUGCUGGCCUUCGACUUCAUGGACGCUCCCCCCAUGGAAACACUGAUCACAGCCAUGGAGCAGCUGUACGCUCUGGGUGCGCUGGACGACGAGGGGCUGCUCACGCGACUGGGAAGGAGGAUGGCGGAAUUUCCUCUGGAGCCCAUGUUGUGCAAGAUGCUGAUCAUGUCCGUGCACCUGGGCUGCAGCGACGAGAUGCUCACCAUCGUGUCCAUGUUGUCCGUGCAGAACGUCUUCUACAGGCCCAAGGACAAGCAGAUCCAGGCAGACCAGAGGAAGGCCAAGUUCUCCCAGCCGGAAGGCGACCAUCUGACCCUGCUGGCCGUUUUCAACUCGUGGAAGAACAACAAGUUCUCCAACCCUUGGUGCUUUGAGAACUUCAUUCAGGGCCGCUCGCUCAAAAGAGCCCAGGACAUCCGCAAGCAGAUGUUGAGCAUCAUGGACAGACACAAGCUGGACGUGGUGUCUUGCGGCAAGUCGACCAUGCGCGUGCAGAAAGCCAUCUGCAGCGGUUUCUUCCGCAACGCUGCCAGGAAGGACCCUAAGGAGGGCUACCGGACCCUCAUCGACCAGCAGGUGGUCUACCUCCACCCGUCCAGCACGCUCUUCAACCGCCAGCCCGAGUGGCUGGUCUACCACGAGCUGGUGCUGACCACCAAGGAGUACAUGCGUGAAGUGACCACUAUCGACCCACGCUGGUUGGUGGAGUUGGCGCCCGCCUUUUUCAAGGUGUCCGACCCGACACGCCUCAGCAGGCAGAAGAAGCAGCAGCGCCUGGAGCCUCUCUAUAACCGCUACGAGGAGCCUAACGCUUGGAGGAUCUCCAGAGCCUUCAGGAGACGCUGACAACUUUGACGGUGACAUUGGUAAAGUGUGAUGAUUGGUGAAGUCUGGUGCUAUGUCCUUUAUUUUAGGACAAGAUGAAUGGUCUGACACAUUUUUCAUACCUGUUUUUAGUAAGAGAUGUAAGUCAACCUUUGUAGAUUAACUUUAGCUAUUAUAGGUCACACUUAAAAGCAAGUCAAAAUGAAAAUAAGACAAUGUGCUAGAAGAGAAUUUUGAAAUCGGCAUAAAAAAACGACGAGUCACGCGCAAAGCCAUUUCUGCCUAUAUUGUCAAGAUAGCGUCAGCCAUAGUAAGUUUGAAUGACAUGUAUUUAAUGUGGUGUACUAAAAAGAAAUGUAUAGGUAUACAACGGUCUAAGUGUGUCAUCAAAAAUAUACAAUGUAUAUAAAUAUGUAUAUAAAGAAAACGCGUGUGCCUGUGGAGGCCAAGAAGGA